AUGCAUGGUGUUACGGCAACUGCUGCUGACAUGAAUGAGCUCGGUGGUUGGCUUACCACAUCAUUUCCGGGUAUCUAUGUUGUAUCAAUCGAGAUUGGCAAUGGAUUUGAUGAUUCGUUUUUACUACCAAUGAACAAACAAGUAGAACUCUUUUGUGCUACUGUUCUUGCCGAUGAACAUCUACGUGAAGGUUUCAACAUGCUUGGUGUUUCACAAGGUAGUUUAAUUGUUCGAGGAGCUGUAGAACGAUGUUCACUGCCUGUCUACAAUUUGAUCACACUGGUUGGUGCUCAUCAAGGUGUUUUUGGUGUUCCUUCUCUUAAAUUACUUCCUCGUGAAUUUUGGGAAUUAGUUUCAAAAUAUGCAUAUGAAGAAUCUGUUCAGAAUGUAAUUAGUAUUGCUGGUUUCUGGCGUGAUCCUUUUCAAUUAGAGAAAUACAUAAGUCGAAGUCAUUUUCUUCCUGACAUUAAUAACGAACGUGAAGUUCGAAAUGAAACUUAUCGUACAAAUAUGCUCAAACUUAAUGCAUUUGUUAUGACAUAUUCAGAUAUAGAUGAUACUAUAACACCGCCACAAUCAGGUUGGUUUCUGGGCUAUGCACCACAAUCAUUGGAAACUGAAACAUGGAAUCAAUCGCGUCAAUUCACAGAAGAUCUCAUUGGAAUGCGUACGUUGCAGGAACAAGGAAAAUUACAUAUGUUCAUUUGUCAUACGCGUCAUCAGGAUGCUCAACAUGCUCCUGAUAAAGAGUUUUUUUUUCAGAAUAUUUUGCAAUUUUUCAAUAAUACACUUCCGUAG